GAUCAGGUGGUGGCUCGUGUCUCUCUGGUAGCUAGUGUCGUCUAUGCAGUUCUUCCUACUCGCUUGGAGAUGUACGACUAUACUUAUAUAUUUGACUACUCUCCUUAUUCCUUUGCUUUGGCGAAGCCUACGUUGAGGGCGCAGUGGCAGAGCCUCUACUACCCGCUCUCAGUGGAGGUCUGGGCAGCCAUCUUCGUUGCAGUUAUCCUAGUGACUGUUGCUCUCUAUUUGGUAGGAGUAAUUGUGUUUUUAAGUUUAUGCCCUAUUUUAACCUCAAAUAUAUCACAGAUCACCCAAGCAGAUAUGUCAGGGCAGCUCUCAAAAAGACUGGGUGCAGAGUUUGUCGUGAUAGAUGUUGUAGCAACCUUGCUGGGGCAGGGUUAUUCUCGCAGACACCCUGCCAACAUUUCCAACCGUCUGUUACUAGCAGUGUGGUUGAUAUUUGUCUUUAUCAUGGGUACUGCCUACCGGGGUACCCUCACUGCCUCACUCACCCUCACCAAGACACCUUCACGUCCUGAGACUGUAGAGGACCUUGUCACAACUGUACACAGGGCAACGAUAGAGUCAUACGGGACAUCUAUAAAGAAAACCUUAAUGCAGUCUGGGAGCAGCGUGUUGGUUGCCCUGGGCACGAUGAUGGUUACUGGUGUUGAUAUUGUGGACUCACUCAAACACUCUCUAAGUGAGAAACAAGCACAUAUAGGCAGCAGGAACUACCUGGAGCAGGUGAUCGCUGAGAACUUUACACAGGCAGAUGGAUCAACAUUAAUGUACAUUGGGCGAGAAAGGAUAGCGCCAACCAUGGCUGCCUGGCCGGUGCCUCACGAUGCUCCCUAUAAACCCAUGUUUGACCGCUCCAUACAAGCAUUAUUUGAGGCUGGAUUUCCUGAGAAAUGGAAGCAAGAUACACUGAGACAAGAGGCAAGUCUUGUAAAGCGUCGGAAAAGGGAAGAGAAUGAUAAAGAAAUAACCAACACUAGCACCAACAGCAGAAACAACAAAGCUCUCACCACUACACACAUGCAAGGACUCUAUGGACUCUCAAUAAUUGGACUCAUCACUGCCCUCGUUACCUUCGUGAUGGAGAUAAUAAUUGGAAAGUGUUACCCACGCGCCUGAUGGUCCAGUGGAGCAGGGAAAAAUAACCAGAAGACAUGUAUAUACGCACACACAAAGGCGACAAUAGAUACCAAGUUCCAGAUAAAUGAGAUUUGAACUGACUUUAAAAUGAAAUGUUUUAAGAACAGUUCAAUGUAAAUAGAUUAAUACUGGUCAUGGCAGAACCUGGAAAAUGUGUAAGCAUUUUUUUCUUAAUUAAUCUGUUCCAUUUAACUAUGUUAGCAAGAGAAACUGCAGGGUUAUGACAUUUUACUGUGAAGACGUUUCGCCCAUCAG